UCAAAUUUUGUUUUUUAAUUUUUUAAUUUACAUUCAGCUAUCCUAUGAGGUUUUCAAGUGAAUAAUUAAACAAGGACACAUUAUUUUCCAAUUCUCAUUAAUCAUGAAUUGCAAAAAGUGUGAAUUUCUCGGAACUGUAGUUUUACGGCAAAAGGAUCACUACUGUGAAAAUUGUUUUACUACUGGCAUUAAUCACAAAUUUCGAGCCAUUAUUGGAAAAAAUAGAGCAAUACCGCCAAAUAAACGAGUUUUGGUUUGUGUAUCGGGUGGGCCUAGCUCGACUGUACUGUUGGAUAUGGUUUUUAAUGGAAUUUCUAUGAGUAAUCAUAAGAAAUUAAGGAUUACGCCUUGUUUUGUGCAUUUGAUAGAUUGUGUCCAUGAUAAAAAUGCUGAAAAAACUGCAAGCAUUGUUAUAAACCAAUGUAAACAAUAUGACUUCCAAGUCUACGUCAUUCAUAUGUCAGAAUAUGUUCAGGCUCACACAAACUUACCAGUGGCUAACUGUGUGCCUGUUAAUAAAAAUGAGGUGGAAUUCCAAGCAAUUCUGAGAAGUAUGCCUGUUACGGUUAGAAAUGAUUAUUUCAUGAAAAUAAGAUCUAGCUUACUUGUAAGAGUAGCAGAACAAUUGCAGUGCAACUAUAUCUUCACAGCUGAAACUACAGCAACUUUAGCUAUAAAUUUGCUGUCAAACCUUACCAUGGGUCGGGGAGCACAAGUUCAGGAUGAUGUUGGUUUUUAUGAUGGAAGGAAUGAUAGGAUCAAAAUAUUACGACCUAUGAAAGACAUUAGUAAGGAGGAACUGGACUAUUAUAUCAAUAUUAAAAACCUACAUCCAGCUGACCAAAGCAUUUUCCAACAAAACAGCCUGCAGUCUGUUAUUGGGUCAUUUGUUACUGAAUUGCAAGACAGCUUUCCAGCCACAAUUUCAACUAUUUGCAAAACUGCUGAUAAAAUUGGAACUUAUAACAAUGACCAGUCAAGUGAAAAAUGUGUUCUGUGUAAGAGCAUCCUGAGGACAAAAGCCACAAAGUUAACAGCUCUGGAAGCAACUAACUUUUCACGAGUAGUGUCCCUGCAAAGCCCUAGUAAUACAGAGUUGAAGAAUAUCGAACAUCAAGCAAACUGCAGUAAUGAGAAAUCCAUGUUUCCUUAUGUCAAUGAUCGUCUAUGUUAUGGUUGUAGCAGAAAUUAUUUAGAAAUUGACAAAUCAACGUUACCACGGUAUAUUCAUGAUGAUAUUCAGAGCUAAUUAAUUGCUUGGUUAAUUAAACUCGCAUGGUAACAACAUUCAAUCAUGGUGAGGCAUUGAGUUGAGAGGAAAUAGGUUGAAUUAGGUUUGUCAAUCUAUUUCAGUAUACCAAUCUACUUUGGAAUAGAUAUAAUUUAAUUUGUACCUAUUCCUAUUUAUAAGGAUAUCAUUCUUGAGAAUAUAUGUUUCAUGUAUUUUAUUUCAUUUAUAUAAUUUAUUGUUAAAUUUAGUGUCCGACCGAAGUUUCGGUUUCGGAAUAAAAAUCCACACAUCGUGUUACAGCUAAACAACUGCCGAACCUCUCGAACGCACCGAAACACUUAUACUUUCGGAUCGCGUUCGGCUUUCUACAAGUCAUGAGACUAAUGUGAACUUGGUAGGUGAACUGGGCGGCUACCGGGAAAAUCGAAAUUCGUCAAUUGCGGGCAUUUUUCUCUGUCACUCUAAUUACGUCUUAGUGAGAGUAAAAGAGAAAGAUCCCCGCAAUUUGCGAAUUUCGGUUUUCGCGGUAGGCCCCCUGGGCUAUAACGGCGAAAAUCGAAGUUCGUCAAUUGCGGGCAUUUUUCUCUGUAACUCUAAUAACGUCUUGGUGAGAGUAAAAGAGAAAGAUCCCCGCAAUUUACGAAUUUCGGUUUUCGUGGUAGGCCCCCUGUAAUUGGUGUUUCUUAAUGGGGUUGGCAUCUGUCAAAUGUUUUUAUACAUGGCGCCAGCUUGUGUUUUACCUUUCUCUAGUUUUGUUCUAUAAAAUUUAGCUUUAAGGGUUAUCCAUGCUCCAUACCAUAAAAAAUCCGAAAAUAAUUAAAGACUUUUACAGUAUUGGUAGGAUUGUCAGGCAAAACCUAUGGUGGCGCCGCCUGUACAAUACUUCGACCGGCCAACCCCAUUAGAAUAGCCGUGGCCCGACACGCAUUUAGCCGGUUUCUCGCUACGCUCGUGGUUCAAUUUUGGAAUCUUUCGCUUGCUCGGGUAUCAGUGUUAUUAGCACGAGGAGGUACACAACAACUUUGGUCCCUUAUAACACAAAAAACUAAUACUGCAAAUACAGCAAGAAACUGUGUCCAACCUCUGUAUGUAUUUCCUAACUUUAUUUGCAAGAAGUUAAUUUUAGUUGUCAAAUUGCCUGCUAGAUGUCGCUAUAGGUACCAUGUGUUGAAAAUCCUAGUUCGCUGUGUUAAGAUUUUUCCGAGAAACAUGACGUCAGGGCCCAAUUUUAUAAAGAAUAUAAAGUUACAACUUGCAAGUUUACAGGCGUUUACUGGCAACACUUGCUCCGUUUUUUACAAUAGGGUUGUUUCCAUCUACAAAUCUUAGGGCUGAAUUGUAUCCCAAUAAAUUCUUUUCGAUUAUAAGAACAUGUUAUACUACUUUUUCCUACUCCUCUACUGUUAUCUGUCAUUUAUGCAUUCAUUAACACGAAUAUAAGAACAUACAUAAAAGGUUUCAAGAAAAGUCUAUAUUGUCUAUUCCUCAUAAAAGCUCUUGUGCUUUUAUAAGCUAUAACGUUACUGCGAUUAAUGGCUACCAACCUAACAAAACCAAAACGAAUACAGUUUUAAACUAAGUGCAUUGCUGCCAACUUACAAAAUAUUCAUUUGGUUGCAUAGUAAAAAUAAUUACUUCAUAAGUCAGAAACACGCAUGUGACACCCGUAAUAUAGCAACACCCAUAGACUACGAAGACCGCUUAGCGUUGCUUGUUAGUCUCCGUAGGCUACGGUGGCCAAAAUUGAGAAAAAACUGUCCAAAAAAUUAAUUUAGCAAGUAGCAAGUACCAGGGCCUCAUGAGUUACGAGGAGGUGUCGCCGACCGGCCGGCCGCGGCCCGGGGCGGGCCGGGCGCGUAACAAGGUAUGCUCGCGCGUCUUGGCUAUAUACUUUUGCUGUAAUUUGUUUACCUAACUUAAGAUUUAUUUUUGUUGACUCGUAGGAAAAAUAUUGUAUGCAACGUUGUAUAAGUAGGUCAAAAAAUUCUCGUGGCGUAUUCCUUUACAAUGUUCGCCUACGCCUUCGGCUCCGGCUCACAUUGCAACUCACGCCACUCGCCUUUUUUGACCCUUCUUAUACAACUGUUGCAUAAAAUACUAUUAGGGGACCUGUAAGGACCAUAUUUUUGUUAAUAUUGAAUUUAAAAUAUCUUUUGGUACACGUCACGUGACCAAACCCGAAACAUCAUUGAAGAUUCUGAUGACGUCACAACUCUCGGUUUGACACUGUUGACAGUGAGGCGAUAAACAACAAAUGACAAAUGUCAGUUGACAGUUCGUAUCUUCUACGUGUGUAUGUAGUUAUGUGUCAAACCGUAAACUGUGACGUCACACAAUUUUCAAAGAGCGUUUUGGGCGCGAAAGCAUCUGUCAAAAUAUAUUUUGUUAAUUUAACAUAUUUAAAGCCGUUUUUAGUAUAAAAGUUGAAUUUUAGGGCAACUUUUAGUUAAAAUAGAACGUAAUACAAGCGUUUCGAAAAAUUGGAAACUACCUAUUUGCGUUUUAUAAAAGUACUGUGUAACAAUUUUACAGGUUACGGGUACAAGUGCCUGUAGCUCAACCAUAGACGAAAAUAUGGGAGUUUAAAAGUUUUAAACUCAUAAUCGAACAAGCGUUUUAUAAAAAUAUUGUAAUUUAAAAGUGUAGGUGUAGGUUACACUUGUAACAGAAACUGAAAUAGGUCUCGAGUCCUGUAACAGCAGCUACUAGUAGUGUCUCAGUACUCUCAGUGAUCCGCUCUCUCGCUCGAAAUUUUUACUAUUAAUGAUUUUUCUUCUGAGAUAUUCUUCCGAGUCUUAUAUAUUAUAUACUUUUCCAUGCUCUGCCAGUUUUUGUUAAAGUAUCUGAAAUAUAUAGUAAAAAAAGUGACAAUAUGUUUGA